AUGGCCGCCUCAUUUGAACCUUCUCUCUCCACGAGUGGCAUGCGCCCGCCGCUUGCAUCAGCAGAUGCGCCCUCCAUGGCGGACUCCCUACCAAGCAUCAAUUUCGGCUUUGAGGAUCUACGCAAUCGCAUGGCACAAUUUAGCGCUAAAUUUGAUGCGUUCAUUGAGAAAGGUCGCAAAAGAGUUCUAGAAGAACGGAACCAGUUUCACAUCAACCUCGCAGAAUUGCAAGAGGAUGAGCGUAUGCGCCAACGGGAUAUUGAAAUCCUCAAUCUGAAAGUUCAAACACACGACCAGACCCUUCAGAAAGAGGCCGCCGAGGCCGCCGAGAUGCACGCUGCAAUUUCCACAAUCACAUUGGAGCGCGACACCCGACUCGCCAAGCGUGAUCGUCUCAAACAGCAGAUCGCUGAAACACAAAAGGCGAUUAAUCAAAAGCUUGAAGCACAAAAGCAGCACGCGAAACAACUCGACGCACAGUCUCGGUUGAAUAUGCCUGAGCUAGAAUUUUGGCAAGACUAUUUGUGUCUACGGAUUGAGGGAGCUGGACGGGAAGAUCGGUUGAAAUUUGUCUACAGUCACUUACUGGAGAAAGAUUGGGAGGCUGAGGCUUGGUUUGAGCUGGGCACUGCGAGUCGCGACUACGAGGUUUAUCAUACGCGACCCAAGGUUGACAAGGAUGCCUUGGAGCGUGAGGUGGACUUGGUCAAUGAAGACCGAGACUUUGGUGCCUUUCUCAAGCGCAUGCGGAAGCUUUUCACGGAAACAAUGAAUAAGUAA